GCGCGCCGUCUGCCAGAAGCUGGACAUCGACGCCGGGGAGUGCAAGGAGGUCUACAGCAACAUUCAGGCAUCGCAUCGAUCCAGAGGCUCCGGCGGGUUCCCGCUGAAGGACUUCCUGGAGGAGUUGAAGGUGGACAUGCAGGACGCCGAGAGCAUCAGCGCGGUCGUGAGGACGGUCGCCGAGGCGAGGGCCCAGCUGGCGAGCGGCGACAAGGGCGGGGCCGCACAGAAUGCGGACAGGGCCGCCAUGAUGACCAU